AUGAAAGAUGUCAAUCAUGCUCUGAUUGCCAAACUUGGUUGGAAAAUCCUUUCAAACUUUGACUAUGUCUGGGUUCGGCAACUCUCGGUGAAGUAUAUUAAAUAUGGAAAAUUCUUCUCUUCACCAACCACACCCUCAGCUUCAUGGUUAUGGAAAGGAAUUCAAAAGAGCAAGUCUGUUUUGCUUUCUGGAGCUUGCCUUCAGGUAGCAAAAACAUCAUCACUUCCCAUAUGGACUUAUGCUUGGAUUCCCACUAUGAAAGACUUCAAACCUCCGAGGUUUCCUUGUAAUAGAAUUCAGCCUUCUUUGUGUAUUUCUGACCUGAUUCAACAAUCUCCAGUGCAAUGGAAUCUGUCUACGAUCUCAGCUAUAUUUGACCAAGCCAUUGUUGAAGAAAUUUUGAAGAUUAAAAUCUCCUUGAAUCCAAUACCACAAUAUCUCUGGACUCCUUAUUGCUUAGGAAAAUUUUCUUUAAAUUCGGCUUAUCUUUCCAUUAUUAAUGCUUGUUCUCUCCCAGUUUCUAUUCAGAAUUCUUUUUGGCCUCUUAACUCUUCUACUCUGAAUUUCUCAAACAUGGUUGAUUGGAUAAAUGUGAUUCUUUCUCCUGGUAUAUCUCUAGCCAUUCCACUAGUUGAACACCAUAAAUUCCAGAUCUUUGCUUAUGUAGCAUGUGAUCUUUUAUGGUUCUAUCGCAACAAAGCCUAUCAUGAUGGUAAAAUUGUUGAUGCUCGUUCCAUCUCUGCUUAUAUCAACAAAAUUACUUUGGAACAUUUUCAUGCAUGGAAUAUUAGGUCUUCUCUCCCAGAAGAAACUUGGACUCUUCCAUCUGUGACUUGGUUUAAGAUUAACUUUGAUACAACCAUUAGAGAUUAUUUUUCUGUUCAAGCAGCGGUUUGUCAAGAUUCAAAUGGCUCUGUUAUUCGAAUUAUCUCUCAAAUUAGUCCAGCUUGUCUUCCUAAUUAUGGGGAAGCUCUUGCAACUCAAUUGGCAAAUUCUCUCUCAAAUUGUCGAGAUUCAAAUGGCUUUAUUAUUCGGAUUCUCUCUCAAAUUAGCCCGGCUUGUCUUCCUAAUUAUGGGGAAGCUCUUGCAGCUCAAUUGGCAGUUUCUCUAGCUACUUCACUUCAUAUUGGUAAAUUUAUUAUAGAAGGCGAUUCCCAAGUUGUCAUUCUUGGUCCCCAGCAGCCUUCUCUCUCCCUUGAUUGGCGGAUUUCUUCCAUUAUUUCGGAUACCAUUGACUCUAUCCUAACAUCUUUAUUUUGA